AAGUUUAUUAUUCGUUCGUUUACAUGGAAAGAUCGUGUUUGUUGUUACUGGUAUGAGGUUGCUAGUGGUUUUAAAUUUUAAAUCUACCUGCAACCAUACAUACAUACGUGUAAACAACAUAUUACAUUAUUGUAAACAAAAUUAUUCACAGAAUUUAUUUGUUAUACUUUAUAAAACGAUUAUAAUUGAACAAAAUAAGCAAAUAAAAGUGUAAAUUUUAAUACCUUGGAAUAAUAGUUAAGAUACAAAUUCACAUGUAGAUACAUAUGUAUGUACAUAUAUUGAUGUGUUUCAUAUUCUACUACUAGUACGAAAGUGGAUUAAAUUGAAGUGAGAGAUCUUUCUCUGCAAUAGUAAAUACGUUCACAAAAGCAUAUUAAAUAAAAAUACACACAAAAUAAAUAAAUAAAUUAAUUUAAAAACAUAUCGUAUCAACUUUGUUAUUUUGUAAAAUAUAUUGAAAUUUUAUUUCCAAAUAAAGUCCGUGUUUACACUAUAAGUUUAAUUUUGUUAUGUGGUAUGUCAACCCGUAAAGUAUUGGACAGUUAAUACUUUUUAAGAGGAACAGAAAUAAGUUUGGUUACAAACAUUCUAUGAUGCUAAAAAACGGAGUAUAGAAUUUGAAAGAUAAAAAUAAACUAAAAUGGAUAAAACUUCUCAGUGUGAAGAGAGCCAGAAGUCCACAAGAAAUGUACAUCAUUCAUCGAAUAUAUACGGCGAUAAUGGGCUAGGUCUUAAAAUGUCGGAGUGCAAAACAAAAUCUUUAAGAAAUAUUUUGGGAUCAUCUAUUAGUUUGGACCAAUUUCCUUUUUAUACAUCAACUGAUGAAUUAUCUGGUCUAUCUAAAACUUGUUCGAAUGACACAGUACAAAAUGUCUGUGAAUCUUUUGAUGAUGAUGAGUUAAGUGACAAUGAUUUAAUAGAAAUUCAGAGUACUCCAUCAGUUUUUAAAAACAUCCGUUAUAGAAAUCCCAAUAAAAAUGCCAAUUUGGAAAGAAAAAGGAAAAAUUCUCUGGAAAGUCCACUUUGCGAAAACAAUUUUUUAAACUACAUUGAUGCUGUAAAAGACAAUGAGGAAUUAGUUGUGCAAAACGUUCCUUGUAAUGUUAAUAAAACCACAUCCGAGAGCGAGCAGGAGAUCAUCGAAGAAUGUUUAUUAGACUUAGAUGACUACCUUGAAAAAAUGGAUGAGGGUUGCAUUCAAGACGCUGGAUGUGAUUUUAAUACAAAUAAAUCUGUAAUCAUUUCAAAAAGCAAUUCACCAAUAACCCAUAAAAGUAAUUCUUCCAAAACAAAUACUCAUUUUGAACGUAAUUCCAAGCAAAGGAAUACUAUUAGCAGUAUUUUAAACAACACAAAGAUUGAACAUGAAGUCACUCCAAUUUAUUUAACAUGGAAUAAACAAACAUUAAAAUGUGAAAGUCAGAAACUAGCAAAAAUUGAGGAUACAAAUUUGAUUGAAAGAGAAACGCCGCAAUGUUCAACCCAAAUAGAUAAAUCGGAAUACUCCCAAAGUGAUAAUAAUUCAGAAAACGAAAACGCCAACAAAUUGGUAUUUAAUCGUGGUUUGCAAGUUUUAACAGAUGAUCAAAUAUUUCAAAACCUGAUUGAUCAACAAGAAACAUUAUUGCACAACAUAGAAAACGAUAGGCCCAGACAGUUUGGCCGACGUGCAGAGCGAUUCGCCACAUUAUCAGCAACUAUUAAUAAUUCAAAUCAAAAUUGUGAACAUGUUAAUUUUGAUAACCUGAGACCUAUGAGUGCCCCCGCUUCAACCUGUUCGAACAUACCGGAGAUUUUGUAUAUUGUUUCUGAUGGUAGUACGACACGAACCUCACGUAAUACAAGUCCGGUUUCAAUCGAAUCCAGCACAGAUUCUGGCGAAUCUUUAGAAAUAACGGAUACUACAGUUGAACCUAAUAUUAAUGUGAGUGAGGACACUAAUCGACAGAGAGCACCACCUAUGGAAUCUGAAAAUGUGGAUGAAUCUUUAAAGUCCGGUUUCAACUCUUAUUGGCCUCACAACUAUAGCCGAACUUUGGCUCUAAUUUCUUGCACACUUGGAUUAUUUAACAUAUGUCGGUUUGCCGUGCUUACCAUAAAUUAUGGUGGAAAUUUUUUACUUCAGUUCUUAAUACUUUCAAUUCUAUUUGGAAUUCCAUUCUUGUGGCUGCAGAUGAGCUUAGGAGCAAAAAUUAAAGCAGGUCCAAUAUCUAUGUGGAAAAUAAGCCCCAUAUGUGUUGGUAUUGGAAUAUCUUUAGUUCUUGUGCAAUAUUUUAUUACAAUUUAUUCAUCGGUUGUAGUUGUAUGGCUUUUAGUGUAUAUUCGAGAUAUAUUCAUACAUCACUCGUCAUAUCCCUGGUCGGAGUUCGUUCAUCCUAUAAUUCCGCGACAAUCCACACAUAUUUACACAAAUCUAACAGAAAGUAUUCCAGAUUACUUUAAUGUCAAUGUUUUACAAAGACUGCAAAUAUUAAAAAUGAAUGACGUAAAUGGAGUGCGCCUUCACAUAAGCGAUCGCCAGGUUGCUUUUUAUUUGGUCAUACUUUGGGCAGCAGUAUUUUUGAUACUAAGUAAAGGUCUAAAAUCUUUUGGUAAAGUUAUAUUAUUACUUGGAAUACUGCCAAUUAUUUUGUUAGCAGUGAUUGCAGUAAAACUAUUAUUUGUUGUUGAUUUUGCGAAGCUACAGAAAAUGUUUAGUUCUACUGAGUUCGAUGAAUUUCUGGUCAAUUCAAAAUCGUGGGCAGCUGCAGCACAAGAAGCUUUUUUAACUUGGGGUCUCUUAGGAACAUCCAUUAUAGCAAUAUCAAGUCGAACACAUAAGAAGUGUUCUAAAUUAACGCUACGGAGUGAUGCUAUUUUAGUUGUUUUAGUUACAUUAAUUGGAUUAUGUCUAUCAGCAUUAGUUGGUCUUUGCUCCAUCCAAAUUGUUAACGAAUUCGGAUACAUUUAUGUUCCUGGUUCAUAUGAAAGUCCGGAUUAUUACUCAUCAAUAUUUUCUUUGAAAUCUUCUCCUAAUAGUGACCUUGUUUCAUAUCCCACCAAAUUUGUACCACAUUAUUCGACUUUAAUCGGAGAAGUGUACAGACGUCAUUCAGAUAUCCAAAAUGUGAGUGGUUAUCAGGUUUUACGCUUUGUCACUGAAUUAGUACCAGCCGCAAUAGCAAUUUCUACUGAAAACAUUUCAUGGAUUUGGACAUCAAUUAUAUUCAUAACAUUACUGAUAUUUGGUGUAUCUCAAUUAUGUGUUAUGUGGAAGCCCAUUUCUUGUGCUUUGGGAAAUUCAACAAGCGCUGUUUUGCUGAGUUGUGUAACAGGUCUUCUGUUAAGCAUUCCUUUUGCUACGGAAGUAGGUAUUACAUUACUUCACUAUAUGGAUAUUUUAUUGGGAGGAGCUUGGUUCAUUCCGGUUUUGUGGGCUGCUGAAAUCUUUGGAGUUUUUCUUAUUCGCGGUCGUCCAUAUAAUGGCGAUGACCUUGUAAACGACUUAAAAAUGUGUGGAUCAAUGUCUGCAUUUUUAGCACUAUCGUGGAACGUUUUGCUUCCCAUCGGCCUUAUAACAUUGGCUGUAAUUGAAUAUAAAACUUCAAUGACUAGUCAAUUAUACUAUUGGCGUGGGAAAUCAUAUUUUAGUUACUGGUCGAGAAAAGUGGGUGCUUUAACACAAAUAGGUUUUUUACUUUUAGUACCUAUCUCAGCAAUUGCACAAAUAUACCGCUAUUUAACUUCGGGACCUCCCGACAUUUUAGACCGAAUUCAGAUGCUUUAUAGACCUUUGGAUGAAGUGGAAGGUGGCAUACCUAUAACUAAUAGAAAUAUAAUGAAUCCAAGAUAUCGCAACGAGAACAAUGAAAAUUCUGUAAUUGGGCAAUGCCAGGACGAUGCACCACCCAAAUAUACACCACCUCCAUCAUAUACAACAGCAACAGGUGCCAGACUAGCAAAAAUUUUACGUCAGAGUUUAAGACGCAGUGUUAGACGCAUUUUGGGCGAAUCCGAAAGACCCAGGCCAACACUCCCAAUUCAAGAUGAAAGCCAAUCUAAUCCAUCGGUCUUGUCUAGCCGUUCUGAAACUACAAAUGAAAUUAAUACAAGUGAAACCAUUGAAAUUGAAAAUAGACCUUCACAUAAUUUACUUUACGGUCGCAGCCUGUCUUUAGGACGCAAACAAAUAGUAAAUAAACGUCGUUUGAAGGAGGAAAAUGGAAGGCCAACAUCAGCUCGUUCUAGUUCUAAUAGUAGAUCGUCACGAACACUAAACGACCGUCCAUAUACAGCUGAAGAUGUUAUAACCAUUCUCAGAUCUUCAACACUAGGAAGAAGAAGAAUAUCGCAAUCAAUAAAUCCACAGAACGAAUCCGUAUAUCGUUCCAUCGAAAAUUUAGUUGAAAAUGCUGAACCACCAAAUUUAAGUUCACCCGCUAUCGACGAUUAUUCUAAUCAAAAUUCAACUUCUGUGAUCUAAGAUAACAUUUGAAAGCAUAAUUACAUAUUAAAUAUGCCGGCUAAAUUUAAUGACUAUUUGAUUUCAUAAUUUUAAUAUGAUCAAUUUUAUUUAAAAUUUUCUUUCAUUCAAUUACACUAUGCAACAAAUUUGGAGUUAUCGAAACUUUCCCGAAUGAGAUCGACGGAAAAUGAUAGUGCUCAGUCAAUAGACAAAAUACCCCAACGGUUUUUAAAAAGUUAGCUUGUAUUAUUUGUUUAUAGGCAUUUUAAACUUAGCUAUUUUCAGGAAAAUUUUCCCAUAUAUAUAGAGGAUUUCAUGUAAAGUGAUCCAACCGAUGUCUUCCGAUCGGGAUAGUAGUUUAGACACAAGAUCGGUCAAAAACUCUAUGAGUUACAGUGGGUCAAAGUUUGACACUUGAAAAAACAUGUGUUUCUUCUUAUCUAUGUAGCUAUGUACAUAAUUACCUCAAUAAUGGCUCAAAAGAAAGCUUAUAUCUUUUCCUCUAAGAGCCUUUUGGUCGCUUAGUGGUAUGCCAGUGGGAUAUGUAUCAAAAUAUAUGUUUUGUAAUUCAAGAUAAGGUUCUUUUAAAUUCAAAUCGCUUGUUUUUGAAUUCAGAAAAGAUUUAUUUAUUUAUUUGUCCAUUACAAUACAAUUACAAAUUAUAUUCUAACCUUAUUUACCUAUCAGUGUGGCUAUGACCAUACGCCCGUUGUAAUGCAGCAGACCAGAGUGGUGGGAACCGAACACCCCAGACUGACAGGCUAGCACACUACCAACUAGUCUACUGGGGCACCCAAUUCAGAAAAGAUAUUGGUCUCAAAGUUUUUGCAUGUGAUUGCACACUGAUAGCAUUGUAUUAGUAAAAGGAAAAUUGCCGUGAAACUUCUCAAGUAUAGUCCUGAUGGUAUAAGAAUUAAUUUCACUAAAUAUUAACCACGCCCACCUAAUAAUACCCAUUUUAUUUAUGUACAUCAGUAUGAAAAAAUCCAAAAUCUUAUAUAAAAUUUUCUCACAUUAUAAUAACUUAUUUUACAAAAUGUUGACCUCUCCCACCAAACGCCCACUUUAUAUAUAUUACUGUAAAAAAUAUUUGAAGCAUGUUUAAGGCAAAAGAUUUUGAAAAUACAAAGGUGUUAAAAGUAUUCAGUUGUUGGACGUUUCUUUAAAAUUUAUAUGUACACAGAAAAAAGUUUCAUCAUAAAUAUUAUGAACUGCUUUCAUUGCCUUAAGUUAAUAAUAUUUAAGAAUAAGUUCCUAAAUUGUAUGAAAUUUUUCAUUAGGUGAGAAGUUACACUCAUUUGAAUAAAACCCUGUAUGACCAAAAUAUCUGCAAGUGGCCUCGGCCAAAUCAAACAUAUUCGCAAACUAUACAAAUGUACUUAGGGUUACACUUUAUUAGGAUUAUAACAUUUUGCAAUUUUUGCAAAUAUCAAAAAUAUCAUAGCAACCCCUUGUAGAGUGUGAACAUUUUGGGCAACAAUUUUGUUAGAUUAUCGUAAAGAGAAUAUUUAUAACCAUUUGGAAGAAUUUCUAGUAAAUCGCGAUUAUUUUGCAUAUUUAAGAUAAUAUGAAACAUUUAUAUAAAAUUUAUUAAAAUAAUUUUAAUAAAAAUAACGAACAAAACCAUUUGGAAAUUGCUGUCGGUGCGGGAAGUUUUUUUUUACCAAAUUGACUAAAAAAUAGAUUUUUAUUAUGAGGACAGUAUGUAUUGGCAAUUGUUGUUGAUGUUGUAACAGCUUAAACUAUGCAAUUUUUAAUCCGGGGGUUCUGUAUUAAGGUCGAAGCUAAUAAAUUGGCUACUUCUACAGGGUUAGUCCAUAAAUCCAUUGGGCUAAGUAAAGUAGUGUGGGCUGGACAGUUGGAUAUGAGGUUGGUAUCAUGUGGAUAGGGUCCACAUAUAUUAAGGACGGCACGGUCUAUGCGUGACCAGUAGGCGGUGAGAAAGUUGCUCCAUCCCGAUCUUAGUUGUGCCAGACCAACUGUUGUUUUCCGCGGCAGGUUCUUUUAUAUUUCUGCUAUAGGCGGUGGGCGACCUCCAAGUACGACAUUCAUGCGGUAACCUGAAACCGCGGUACUAUUGACGUCUGUAUGAAUGUCGUUCAAAGCUGCUGUAUACGAAAUCCGAUCCAAGGGUUCCUGCACAUAUCUUCGUAUACACGAAGGUCCUGCCUCUGCUGGGAAAUGCGGCAGCACUACUGAUAGCCGACCAGCAGGAAAAAAGCGGGCUGCUGCUGCGAUGACUGUUUCGCGGAAUUUGCUUUCUGCUUGGUGUACGUUGCCAGAAGCUGGAAGAUCAUUGGAUAUUCGAACAGUAAAUUCUCUGAAACCAUGCCAGUCUGCUUUCUUUUGGUUUAUGUAGUGUCGGCGUUCAGAAACGAUAAAGUCAUUGGGACGAUUCAGACAUACGAUUAUGGUGGUCUGAGGCUAGAGAAACUACUGUUCUCCACCUUGCGCCAGACCAGGGCUCGCUAUUGUUAUGUCUGGGAAGCUUGCGCAUUUACCCAUAAUCCGUGUUGGGGCUCUAUACUGCACUGUGUUGUGUAUGAUGAAUGCUAUGCCCCCACCGUUGCUUCUGGUGCGGUCUUUUCGGAGAACGUUGCAGACUGGAAUUACUCGUCAGUUUUGUCUCUUGGACUGCAGCGACCACGAUGUUGUUAUGCUGGUGUAGAUGUUGUGUUGUGUAUGAUGAAUGCUAUGCGCCAACCGUUGCUUCUGAUGCUGUCUUUUCGGAGAACGUUGCAGACUGGAAUUACUCAUCAGUUUAGGCUAUUGGACCGCAGCGAACACGAUGUUGUUUUGCUGCAUAAAUCUGGUUAUCUCGGGUAAUUUACUCUGGAGGC